UUAUGCACCGUUUGUAUUUUCACUUGUAAUUUGUAUUGGUUUUAAUGUAAGUAGUUUGUUUUAACUUAUAAAACUAACAGAAAGCCGGAAUGAUUUUUAUUUUAUAAUUACAAGGGUUUAUAAAGUAUUUUUAGCGGGUAAAAAUGUGUGAUAGCGAUGAUCCUGGUGACCAACACAGUGGUAUGGAUUUAACUGGAUUUUUGUUUGGUAACAUCGAUGAAAGAGGUCAACUCGAAGAUGACGGUCUACUUGAUGGAGACUCCAAAAAAAUGCUUGCAUCCCUCAACCGUUUGGGCCUUGGGUCAAUGUUGUCCGAGGUUCUCGAUGCUGAAGAACCUAUCAAGGAAGAAGAAGAAAAAGAUUAUAGUCAAAAAAGCCCAUCAGCUGUAGAUUUCUUUGAUAUUGACGAUGCUGUUGAUGAUGACAUCAAGGUAGAGGAAAUUAAAACAGAUUGGCAAGAGCAAACUACAGAUACUGUUAACAAAAACAAUCAAAAGCAGCAGGAUAUAUUAGCAGACAUUGAUUCAGAACAUUACAUACAAAAUAAUGAUAGUAUUGAACCUACAGAUUGGAAAGAUAAUGUGACGUGUGAUAAUGACACAAAGGAAGUAUAUGAGACAAGAAAUGAUGAAGGAUAUGAGGGUGACAUGGAAGGUGACGAUGGACUCAUGCCACCACCUAGUAGUGUUCCGAGACAAAAGAAUGAAAAGCCCAAGAAACUUGAUACACCCCUAGCUGCAAUGCUUCCAUCAAAAUAUGCUAAUGUUGAUGUCACUGAACUCUUUCCAGAUUUUAGAGCUGACAAAGUUUUAUUAUUCUCCCGUCUGUUUGGCCCUGGGAAAUUAUCAAGUUUACCACAAAUAUGGCGUGGUGUAAAAAAACGACGCCGGCGCAAACGAAGUGGCAGUACCAGCUCCGAUACACCGCCCCAGGCCGAGACACAGGAUCCACAGUAUGCCAGCGAUGAUGAAGAAAAAUUUCUAAAGCCAAUGGAAGAGAACCAACAUUCAUCACAACAUGACAAUAAUGCAUCGGGAGACAGGAAUGACAAAAGCCAAAGGGUAACUCCAGCUCACUGGAGAUUUGGUCCGGCACAGGCCUGGUAUGACAUGCUGAAUGUGCCAGAAACAGGAGAAGGCUUUGACUAUGGCUUCAAACUAAAGGCACCGUCUCCCGAUCGCGAAGAGAAACCUGUAGAAGAGCCCGCAGAAGAUCAAAAUACAGAGAGUGCAGACAGCGGGUUUCCAGACGAUUCGUUUCUUAUGGUAUCCCAAUUGCAGUGGGAGGAUGACGUCAUAUGGGACGGAAAUGAAAUAAAACAUAAGGUAUUGGCGCGCCUCAAUAGCAAAAGUAACGCAGCAGGCUGGGUCCCAACUUCAGUUAGUCGCACAGCGCAGCAGUUCUCACACCCCCGACCUCACGUCCCGCACACCGCACACACACCAUUACCCACCACCCAACAUAAGACACCCACUUCAAUAGCAUCUACAAGCCAAGCGAAUGCGGACGGUGAAGACAACACAUGGUACAGUAUAUUCCCCGUUGAAAAUGAAGAGCUGGUGUAUGGGACAUGGGAGGACGAAGUCAUCUGGGAUCCUGAGAACAUGCCAAAGAUACCAAAACCCAAGAUAUUGACUCUUGACCCUAAUGACGAGAAUAUUAUAUUGGGAAUACCUGAUGACGUUGACCCUUCCAAGAUUACACGAGAGCGAGGCCCUCAGCCGAAAGUAAAAAUUCCUCAUCCGCACGUAAAGAAAUCGAAAUUGCUAUUGGGCAAAGCUGGUGUCAUCAACGUAUUGCAGGAAGAUGCGCCGCCGCCGCCGCCGAAAUCACCUGACAGGGAUCCCUUUAAUAUAUCUAAUGAUGUGUUUUAUCAGACGAAAUCGCAGAAUCCACGGUUGAAAGCAGGCGGAGGACAGCUAAUACAACAUAGUACACCAGUGGUGGAAUUGCGAGCGCCCUUCAUACAGACGCACAUGGGCCCAGCCCGGCUUCGGGCCUUCCAUCGACCAGCCUUGAGAAAGCUCGCUUAUGGUCCACUGGCCGCGCCUGGACCACACCCGGUCCAGCCCUUGAUUAAACAUAUACGGAAGAAGGCUAAACAACGCGAAGCCGAGCGAUUGGCGUCUGGUGGCGGUGACGUAUUCUUCAUGCGUACACCGGAAGACCUGAGCGGGCGAGAUGGCGAAUUGGUGCUCCUAGAAUUCUGCGAGGAACAUCCACCUCUAAUAAGCCAAGUGGGAAUGUGUUCGAAGAUCAAGAAUUACUACAAGCGAACAGCUAUCAAGGAUACUGGACCUCCGCCAAUGAAGUACGGCGAAGUUGCGUACGCGCAUACGUCCCCAUUUCUUGGGAUUCUACCGCCUGGUGCUACGCAGUCUGUGGUCGAGAAUAAUAUGUACCGAGCCCCUAUUUACAACCAUACAUUGCCUCUGACAGACUUUCUGGUUAUUCGGACAAGACAAGCGUAUUACAUAAGAGAAGUGGAUUCAUUGUUUGUUGCUGGUCAAGAGUGUCCAUUGUAUGAAGUACCAGGUCCCAACUCGAAGAGAGCUAACAAUUUUGUUAGGGAUUUCUUACAGGUGUUCAUAUACAGAUUGUUCUGGAAGUCUCGUGAUAAUCCUCGCCGUAUUAAAAUGGACGAUAUAAAGCGAGCAUUUCCUUCGCAUUCGGAAAGUUCAAUUCGAAAACGACUGAAACUUUGUGCUGACUUCAAACGAACGGGUCUUGACUCGAACUGGUGGGUAAUAAAACCAGAAUUCCGUUUACCCUCGGAAGAGGAAAUUCGUGCGAUGGUUUCUCCUGAGCAGUGCUGUGCGUACUUCAGUAUGGCAGCAGCCGAACAGCGCCUCAAAGAUGCUGGUUAUGGAGAAAAGUUCAUCUUCACACCGCAAGAGGAUGAUGAUGAAGAGUUGCAACUUAAAAUGGAUGAUGAGGUGAAAGUAGCUCCAUGGAACACGACACGUGCCUACAUUCAGGCGAUGCGUGGCAAGUGUCUGCUCCAAUUGACGGGGCCGGCUGACCCAACUGGGUGCGGCGAAGGCUUCUCGUACGUGCGCGUACCAAACAAACCCACUCAACAGCCCAACGAGGAACAACAGCCUAAGAGAACUGUCACAGGAACGGACGCCGACUUGAGAAGACUCAGCUUGAACAAUGCUAAAGCUCUGCUCAGGAAGUUUGGUGUGCCCGAGGAAGAAAUCAAGAAGCUCUCUCGUUGGGAAGUAAUUGAUGUAGUGAGAACGUUGUCAACGGAAAAAGCAAAGGCCGGCGAAGAGGGUAUGACGAAGUUCUCACGUGGAAACCGCUUCUCUAUUGCAGAACAUCAAGAAAGGUACAAAGAAGAAUGUCAGCGCAUAUUCGAGCUCCAAAACCGAGUACUUCAAAGCACUGAAGUACUGAGUACGGACGAAGCUGAGAGUUCCGUCAGUGAGGAGUCAGAUUUAGAGGAAAUGGGCAAAAACCUUGAAAAUAUGCUCGCUAAUAAGAAGACCACGGAACAGCUGACACUAGAAAGAGAGGAAGCUGAGCGCGCUGAACUUCGGAAGAUGAUACUUGGACAAUCAGAGAAGAAGCCGCAGAUCAAUCAAAGCGAUCAGCAGUCGUCAAAUCAAGGUCGCGUACUCCGUAUCGUACGUACGUUCCGCAACGCAUCAGGCCAAAGGUAUACGCGAGUUGAGUUGGUUCGUAAAGCGGCCGUACUUGAAGCCUACGCUAAGAUUCGUUCAACAAAGGAUGACGCCUUCAUCCGGCAGUUUGCAACUAUGGAUGAGACGCAGAAGGAAGAGAUGAAGAGGGAGAAGAGAAGAAUACAGGAACAACUGCGCCGUAUUAAAAGGAAUCAAGAGCGCGAAAGACUUGCUGGAAACCCUUCAGUGCCUUCGUCAAUUGGUGGGGACAGUAUGUCGUCAAUGGGUGACUUGGGUGGGGCAUCACCUGGUCUCAUUCCCCUGGGUCAGAUAAAGCAAGAACCCGACUUGCAGACGCCUUCUCGGCGCCGUGCUAAACUUAAACCAGAUCUCAAACUAAAGUGUGGUGCUUGCGGCCAAGUCGGUCACAUGCGUACAAACAAGGCGUGUCCCUUGUACACGGGCGGUGGGCCAAGCUCGCCUGACCGUGAUGAACGAGACGAUCGCGACGAUCGACUCGAAGACACGCUGGAUGAGGAUACAUCUUACGUCGAUGGCACUAAGCUCACACUGCCCUCUAAGAUUGUGAAGCAAUCUGCUGAGGAAUUCCGUCGUCGUAGCGGCAGUCGUCGCGGCGAAAUCCGAGCGGGCGGACGUAACCGAAGGCGUCCCACUGCCAGCGAAUCGUGCGACUAUCUCGUUAAGAGACCAGCUGAAAGGCGCCGAACCGACCCACUCGUUACGCUGUCGUCGCUGCUGGAAGAAGUCCUCACUACAAUGAGACAUUUGCCGGACGUUCAGCCUUUCCUUUUCCCUGUUAAUCAGAAGUUGGUAGCAGACUACUAUCGUGUGGUGACCCGUCCCAUGGACCUGCAGACGAUUCGUGACAAUCUGCGUCAAAAGCACUACCACAGCAGGGAAGAGUUCCUCGCUGACGUAAACCAAAUUGUCGAAAACUCUAACUUGUAUAAUGGUGCAAACAGUAGCUUGACAGUUGCCGCUCAACGCAUGAUGCAGAGAUGUUUCGAGAAACUCGCUGAAAAGGAGGAACAGUUUAUGAAACUCGAAAAACAAAUCAACCCACUGCUUGAUGAUAAUGAUCAGGUGGCAUUGUCCUUUAUCUUCGAGAACCUCUUGACUACCAAACUAAAGAUAAUGCCUGAAGCUUGGCCCUUCCUGAAACCCGUCAAUAAGAAGCAAGUGAAGGACUAUUACAAUGUUAUCAAGAAACCUAUCGACAUGGAGAGCAUUGGAAAGAAAAUACAAGCUCAUAAAUACCACAGCCGUGCAGAAUUUCUACGCGACAUUCAGUUGUUAGUGGACAACUGUCGCGCGUACAAUGGACUGAAUUCGCAGUUCACCAGGCAGGCGGAAGCCGUUCUGCAGGUCACGCAGGAGUCGUUGGAUCAGUUCGACGAGCACGUGAGCCAAUUAGAGGCGAACAUUGCGCGAGUGCAGCAGAAAAUGCUGGAGGAAGUGGAACAGUCCGAUACUGAAGAAGAAAUGCCAGCCCUUGAUGAUGUGAAGCGUGGCAGAGGUAGACCUCGUAAGCACAAGCCACAAUCACACGGAGAUGAUGCGACUCCGAGGAAACGUGGCCGCCCAAAAAAAGAUCAAAACAGUUUGGUUGAUGAUCUUCAGUACUCAGACAGCGGAAGCUCGGGCCUUGAAGAAGUGGAACAGAAGGAUGGCACUAUGCUGCAACUUUCGCUUAGACAAGAUGAAGAAGCGGGUAGCAGCGGUAUGAGCGGAAUGGGCGGAGUUUCGAUAAAGCGAGAAGUGCCGGAUGACGCUCCGCGUUCAGACGAAUUGGUCGACGUUGAGAAUCCCAACCUGCAUUACUCCUACCCUAUCAAGGAGGAGCCCAUAGACCUGGAUAUGAAUUUGGACCCUCCCAUGGACAGUAUGGGGAUGGGAAUGCCAGACAGUGCGGGUAUGCCUCCAGAGCCACCGCGGUUCAAAGAAGAACCGCCUGAAAACUGGCAGCCGGAGCCAGCCAUUCAAGAUGACCUUCAAGUGACUGAUAGUGAAGAAGAACCAGAAGAUGGACUAUGGUUCUAGAUAGCCUUCCUAAGUUAAUAUGUAAGUGGACUAAGGACAAUUCGUGUUCGUUGUAGUACGUAUACGUUUUGAACGUGCACGUACCACCGUGGCUAACGUAAUGAAAUAAUAUUUUUUAAGAAUGUGUUCUUAGUCCAUUAUUAUGAUUGUAUAAAUCAAAUUUGUAUGUAAAAGAAUUUAUAAUAAGAGAAAUGAUU